AUGGAGCCGACUCCCAGUCCGACUGCCUCACCCACUGACGCCGUGCGGGCGCCCCCCAAGGGCGGCGAGGCAUGGGGCAUCGACUUCACGUUGCCGAAGAUGCGGCGCAAGAUCACUAAGAAGGAGCGCGACGCCGUCAUCGCCAGCCGUCUGCGGCAGCAGCUGUGCGGGGGCGUCGGCGAGGGGCAGCGGGAGGCGGUAGACAGCGAGGGUAACCGCCACCUGCCAGUCGUCUGUGUGGACGGCCUGGCGGACGUCAGCAGCCUCGUCCCCACUGGCCUCGCGACGACACGCGCAGACCUCGAGCAUCGAAUGUGCCUGCGGCUGCCGCGGCUGCUGGCGGUGACGAAGCAGUACCCACGCAGCUGCGGCGUCUCCUCGCUCACGUCGGUGUGGAACUACCUCUACACCCGCAUCGGCGAGGCCGCUGUCGGCGCCAACCGCCCACCUGUCGCGCAGGAGGAGAUCAUGUCGAUCCUCGGCUUCGCGCCGCCCUUUGACGAGAUCGCGUGGGGUCCGUUUACCGGCAACCGCACGCUCUUCCGCUGGUUCCACGCCAUCAACCGUCACUUCGGCGUGAGCGGCAGGGCGUACGUGCUGUACAAACCGCAGGGCCGCGGCCGCACCAGCAGCAGCGCGGAGGAGGCGUUGCAGGAGCUGAAGCGUGUGCUGCGCGACCCGCAUGCGGCCGUGGUGUACCACUGCCACAACCACUACAUGGUGCCCAUCGGGUACCAGGAGAUCCCGCGCGCGCAGACGGACUUCUACGCGAAGGACGUGCCUGAGGAGGACAGCGAGACGACCGUCUUCAUUGGGGAGGUGAGUCGCGGCCGCCACGACGCGAUGUACGCGCGGCGCUGGAGCGAGAUCGUGAAGGACCUCAUGUGCCGCUCCCCGCAAUUCUACAACAUACGCCGCCCGGAGUUGGGCAUCCAGACACGCGCCCCCAAGAAGAAGAGGAAUGCCGACAAGAACAACAACAAUAACCUCAGUGAGGAGGAUAUACGGCGACAGGAAGAGCAACCACAGAAGCAGUGUCAGCAGCAGCAGCAGCAGCAGGGGGUGGAGAAAGUGGACGCGACCGUCUCACUGUCGCCGCAAAUGCCAACGACUCUCUUGGAAGAGCCGUUUGCAACGAGCGAGGCCACUGACACGGCUGUGGCGGCGGCGGCGGCGACGACUAGCAGUGAAAAGAAGAAGACAGGUGGCGGCAAUUUGCACUGCCUGUUGUGUUUCCGCAGCGAUGAGGUGGAGGAGCACCCGGAACGGUACGAGAAUCCUUCUAGCAGCAGCAGCAGCAGUAGCAGUGGAGACGAUGAUGACGCGAGCGACGCUGAGGAUUCAGAGUAG